AUGUCCCGCAACUUCUACGCUGAUGAGGGCGCCUUUGUUGGCUCUUCUAAAGGGCCUCUUUUGCCUGAUAUUCUUCACACUGAAGACGUCUCGACCAAGACCCUGCCAACCGGCAAUCAGAUUUACGACUCCAAAGCUCUUGACAGCUGGUUCAGCGGGAUUAGGAAAUACGUAACCCACAAGUACUACAUCUACAAAACCGAGCUGGAUACGCAAAAAAGCGCGGCGGCCAACGAGUGGAAGAGUGUCCAAGACUAUGUCUCACAGCAUGUUCUAACUGACGAUUACGAAAAACAAGAGCUACUUGUCCCAUCAAGUGCCCUUGCGCUUGGUGCUUUCUUCACAGGACGUGUCCUGAGCAAUCGCCGUAACUGGGGGUUCGACUCGCCACUAAACACCACAAAAGCAGGAAUUCUGACCAGAAACCCCAGUGCGUUGGGCCGGGUGCUGACCAGCAUUCCUAGUAGAGUACUGCUCCCCUGGGUCCUUACCGGAACUGUUCUCUCGCAGCUGACACCUGUGACCUGGAACAAUAGCGUCAAGGCGCUCGAGCAGGACGUCCUGCCCGCCGAUUUGGUUGCACGCUAUCACGAAAUUUGGAAUCAGCUUCUGGUUGAUGGGGUUCAGAAGACGUCUGCUAGCGUGCACCGGAACGUCGACGCCAGCUUGCAGCAGGGAAUCGGUGAAGUGAGGCGCUACCUCGUCAAGAAGCUCGACCUGUAA